GUCGAUGCUGUCCAACGGCUCCGACGCCAUCCGGGACCUGGAGUGGGUGAUCUUUGACGAGGUUCACUACGACAACGACGAUGAGUCGCACCAAGCGUCGCUGUGUCCGUGUUCUGAGCACCCCGCGCCGCCCGGUGCCGCUGGAGCAUUUCCUGUUCACCGGGAACAGCGCCCGGAACCGGCACCAGCUGUUCCAGCUGCUGGGCCCAGGGGGGUCCUUCAGCACCCAGGGGUACUACGCGGCGGUGGAGGCCAAGAAGGAGCAGAGCAGCAAACACGCGCAGAGCUUCGGGGCACGGCAGCCCACCAUGGGAGCCCCCAACCCUGGGCAGGAGCGUGGUGUCUGGCUGUCCCUCCUGCAGACCCUCCGUGAGCGGGAGCUGCUCCCGGCCGUCACCUUCACCUUCUCCCGUGGCCGCUGCGAGGAGCAGGCGGCCGCCCUGGGCUCCCUGGAGCUGCUGAGCGGCGCCGAGCGCGCCCAGGUCCGGCACUUCCUGACGCGCUGCCUGGCCCGGCUGCGCGGCUCCGACCGGCGCCUGCCACAGGUGCUGCAGCUGUCGGAGCUGCUGCAGCGCGGCAUCGGCGUCCACCACGGCGGGGUCCUGCCGCUGCUCAAGGAGGUGGUGGAGAUGCUCUUCAGCCAGGGGCUGGUGAAGGUGCUGUUUGCCACCGAGACCUUCGCCAUGGGGGUGAACAUGCCGGCGAGGACCGUCGUCUUCGACUCCAUCCGCAAACACGACGGGAAUGGCUUCCGGGAUCUCCUGCCCGGCGAGUACACGCAGAUGUCGGGGCGCGCCGGCCGCCACGGGCUGGACACCACCGGCACCGUCAUCAUCCUCUGCAAGGGAGCCGUGCCUGAGCUGUCGGAUCUGCACCGCAUGAUGCUGUGUCACUGCCAUGUUCCCACCGUGUCCCCCGAUGGCUUCGGCUCCCAACGGUCGCUCCCCGGCGCUGGGUCCAGAGCGGCCCGAGGAGGGGAUGCUCUGUGUGCCGGAACGCAGCUGGAGCCCACGGUGAGGGAGCCCAAGAGCAUCCAGCUGUACCAGCACCUCAGCCUCAAGAGCUGCAUCUGGACCUUCGACGCUUAUUACGACAUGACCGAGUUAAUUGAUGUCUGUGGGGGCUCUGUCACCGCUGACUUCCACGUAAGGGACUCUGCCCAGUCCUUCCUGACAGUCCACGUCCCUCUCUCCGUGUCCUACAUCUGUGUGACGGCACCGAGGGGCUGGGCUUCCCUGGAGCACCGCACCGAGAUGGAGUUCUCCUUCUUCUACGACACCGUUCUCUGGAGGACAGGGAUCCAGACGGACAGCGUGCUCUCGGCCCGCCUGCAGAUAAUCCCCAUCUACAUCCGCGAGGACGGACGGCUGGUCAGCGAGUUCAGGACGCAGGCCAAGUUCAGAGCUCUGCUCUGA